AUGGCCAAGAAGAACAAAGACGAUGUACCGAACGUGAACAGCGUCGCUAAUCGCGAUAUUCUCCAUCGACUCAACUUUCUCUACCAAGCAUCUGCCUACCUAGACUCCAUCUCGCCCCCUUCGUUGACGCAUCCUGCGCAACCUCCAGCCCCUGGUGCUAGUUCUAAUCUUGCAGGCCCAUCAACCCCCGCAAAGAUCCCUACCACCGAGAGUUCUAAGAAAAUCAAGAAGCGCUUGAAGAAGGAAGCGAGAGGAAGAAAUAUGCAGGUUACGGAGAUCGCUCGGGGCUACGUUCGCUCGAUGAAGCAAAUUGGCGAAAAGACAACGGUCAAAAUGGAUCCGACUAUCAAACGAUCGUUGUGCAAGGGGUGCGAUUCCGUGUUGAUAAUUGGUUUGACCGCGAGUUGCCGCGUGAACCACUCCAAGUACCACGGGCAUACUGUUAUCACCAUGUGUUAUCGUUGCAAGACGCGUCGCCGGAUCCCCGCGCCACCCAUUCACCAGGAUGCCGAGGGGAUUGUUCUUGGACAACACGCUACUCCGUCUGCGUCAGAAUCGGUGCCCGAUGGUGCACCAAACCUCACGGCAAGGAAACGUGCUAAUAUACGGCCCCGAGCGCAGCCGUUGUUCGAGCGCGAUGCAGGACAUGUCAUUUUCCGUGGAGAGGAGAGGCUAGAAUGA